UGAGCAGCUCUGCGUGGUCCACCACUGAGGCGCUGUCCAUGGUGCUGCAGUUAUGCGCCUCUCAGAGCUUCUGUAUGGAGGAGGGGUACAGUACUGUAUAGCUUACUGUAUGUAAAAAUGUCCUAUGUAACAACAUAUCACUUCCUAGCAUCUCAGUCAAACUGGCUCGAGUCGAGAGACUUUUAUUUGAUGUAUUUAGUCAUAAAUCUGUUGAACAAAGCCAUGUUGAGAAAGGCGACCAGAAAAAAGAAAGAAAUGUGUUUCUAAUUAUAUUUAAAAAAUAAUAAUAAAAUAGGAAACAAAAUGUAGAUGUGCGUAUGUCUGAGGACAUUGUACAUUUAUUGUUGAAAUCUAGAAAUUCACUACCUGCUACAUGCGGUGCAUCUGCGCAUAUACGCAUAUACUGAAACUACAUUUCUAUAAAUGCCACCUUUAUUAACAAUAGCCUCGUUUUCUUGCUUUGACGCGCCUCUUUGAAAGCAACAUUCACCGUGUAUGAAAUAUACAGGUUACCAGAUCGGCUGUGGCAACAUAAUAAUGCCUUUUUUUUUUCCUUGUCUGGCGCAUGGUUGUUUAACUAACAGUUAUCCACAGAGUGGAGCUCUGGCUUAAUAAAUAAUUAAAGUGGACGGAGGGGAGCUGCAGCUGAUUUGCUGAUGUCAGGGAGCCAGUGCAGCAUUUCAUGGUGCAGGGUGGAAACGCGCGCUGCCUCGAUCGGUGCUCUCAGCAAACCUCACACAUGCAAGCCCGGCAAGAAAGAUGCCGCCAACUCUCAAGAUUUGGGCACUGCUUUCUGUGUCGCUGUGCUGUCUGUCUCAGCCGGGUCAUCUGAAGAAGGGUUUCCGAUGUCCUUCAACAUGCAGCUGCUCCAAGGAAUCUAUCAUAUGCGUCGGGUCCUCCUAUGUCCCCAGGAUUACCCCCAACGACAUCAAUUCUUUGAGUAUCGUCAAUGGGACUUUCACUGAGGUCAAAGAGGCUAUGUUUUCUCACAUGCCAUCCCUCCAGCUACUGCUUUUGAAUUCCAACUCCCUAACAACUAUAAGGGACGAUGCAUUCUCAGGCCUUCCACAUCUUGAGUACCUGUUCAUUGAGAGUAAUAAGAUAGAGACCACAUCCAAGUAUGCCUUCAGAGGACUCAGGGACUUGACUCACUUGUCUUUGGCAAACAACAACAUUAAAGCCCUGCCUAGGGACGUCUUCACUGACCUGGACUCACUGAUAGAGCUGGACCUGCGAGGCAAUGCCUUUGAGUGCGACUGCCGUGCCAAGUGGCUGAUGACGUGGCUGAAGAACACCAACGCCACAGUGUCGGAUGUCGUGUGUGCUGGACCGGAGGACAUGAAGGACAAGCGCCUCAAUGAUAUGACCAGCCUGCACAAUGAGUGCAUCUCAACGGAUUUCGUCCUCCAUCAGUCCGUGGCGUCGGAGUCUCUCUCUGUUGACACAUUCAGCUAUAAGAAUGAUGUCUAUGUGGCUAUUGCUGCUCCCAGUGUAGAGAGCUGCAUGGUUUUCCAAUGGGACCACAUAGAAAUGAACUUCAGGACUUAUGAUAACAUCACAGGUCAGUCCAUUGUGGGGUGCAAGUCAGUUGUCAUCCAGAACCAGGUCUUUGUCAUUGUGGCACAGCUCUUUGGUGGUUCCCACAUCUACAGGUUUGAUGAGGACCAAAGCAGGUUCAGCAAGUUCCAGGACAUUGAGGUGUCCAAGAUCUCCAAACCCAAUGACAUUGAAGCGUUUCAGAUUGGCUCUGACUGGUUCUUUGUGAUUGCUGACAGCUCGAAGGCGGGCCUGUCCACCCUCUACAAAUGGAACGAUAAAGGUUUUUAUUCAUACCAGUCACUGCACGAGUGGUACCGCGACACAGAUGCAGAGUUCUUGGACUUGGAUGGGAAGGCCCACCUUAUCUUGGCAAGCCGGUCACAGGUGCCUGUGAUCUACCAGUGGAGCCGGAGCAACCAGAAGUUUGUCCUGCAGGGUGAGAUCCCCAACAUGGAGGAUGUAGUUGCGGUGAAGCACUUCCGGAUCAAGGGGGAACUCUACCUGGCUAUGACACGCUAUAUUGGAGACUCCAAAGUUCUACGUUGGGGUGCCAAACAAUUUGCAGAGAUCCAGGCCUUGCCUUCACGAGGUUCCAUGAUUCUGCAGCCGUUCUUUUUCAAAGAACGUUACUACCUGGCCCUGGGAAGUGACUACACCUUCUCACAGAUCUACCUGUGGGACGAUGACAAGAAACUCUUUGACCGCUUCAAGGAGGUGUACAUCCAGGCACCGCGCUCCUUCACUGUGGUCUCCACUGACCGCAGGGACUUCAUCUUUGCCUCUAGCUUCAAGGGAAACACACAGAUCUUUGAGCACAUCAUCAUUGACUUGAGCUUGUGAGGGGCUGUGCCUUAUUGCCCCUCCCGCAAUCGAACGUCUUCCACUAAAGUGAUAGAUUUGUGAAGGGGAAAUAACAGACCAGAACAAACUUUUUGAACUAUUAAAUAUCAAUUCCUACGUAGUUUUCUGUCACAAAUAAGAGCUGGGUUGAGUAGUGCUUUGAAUCCUUUGAGUUUCUUAAGGUGUCUUGACUAUUUCUCAAUGGCCUUGUCAUCUUACCUGUCCUCAUGGCCUCUCAGACUUUCAGAGAUACUAGUGUUUCAUAGAGACCGAGGGUAAAAAUCAGUAGGGUUUGUCAAUUGUACAAAGCAGGUGGUAUCCUGAAAAUCCAGCUGACAUUCCUGGAAAAUAUUUUAAUAUAAUUUGAUCUAUUUGGAUGUAUAGAUUUCCAUUUAAUAUCUGUUGUGUUUUAUACCCCCAAAAAAAGUAAACCAGGACCUGAGAGAAAGAUUUGUUUUAUUCAUAUUUGGGGCAGCUGAGGAUAUAACAGGUUUGGUUGCCACGUACCUCAUGUCCUCAUACCCUGUGGUCAAGUACAGGAUGUUGCCUUCUGGGUUCUGAUAGACCCACAGUGCCUCCCUCUGGCCGUGAUUAAGGAUCACACCCCUUUGCUUUUUUCAUACAGGGAAUGUCUUGAAAGCACAAACCUUUAACUAUCAUAGCUGAGAUCACAGUCCUUAGAAUGUAGUUGUUUAGCAGAAAAUGUUACUGUAGGUGCUAUAGAUUAUAUUGCAUACAGUAAAAAAAAAGAAGUGUGUUUUUUUUUGUAUGAGUAGGUGAACUACUCAGGACUGGAUAUAGCCAACACCUUCUUCGACAAAUGUAUAUGAAAAGAAAAUCCCCGGUUACAAACCCAUAUAGCUCAGUGGUACUUUAAGUGGAAAAAGAGAUAGAAGCCCUUUUUAUCCACUUAGUGGAAUGGACCUGUGUUUGGGUGAUGUCAGGGAAAUGAAACCUACUUAAAAAUGUGAAAACAUACCAACAGUUAUUGGACUACUGAUUGAAUGUUACUUUUGUUUUAG